UAAUCUCGUCUUCUGUAAUACAGAACAACAGCAAGCAUUUCUUUUAACCCUCUUCUCUUCCAAUUGUGUUUGUUAGGGUUUCUCUUCACGUCCCAAUAUCCAUCAUAAUUUGCUCUGUUACAUACUAUUUGAAGUAACAAAUAUCUUGUAGCUAAAGGUUCGAUGGCCCGUGAAUGGACAGGAAUUCAACUGUUUCCUCUUGCAACCCAGACCAAGUUGUUGGAACUACUGGGAGAUUUAAAGACCAAGGAGAGGGACAGUUUGACUAUCCUUGUAAUGGGAAAGGGAGGUGUUGGGAAAUCUUCAACCAUAAACUCCAUUCUUGGUGAAAGAGCAGUUGCAGUCAGUGCCUUUCAGUCAGAUGUCCCAAGACCUGUGAUGGUUUCCCGUGAAAGAUCUGGGUUCACAUUGAACAUCAUUGACACACCAGGGAUUGUUGAAGGAGGUUAUGUCAAUGACCAGGCCCUUGACCUCAUCAAAAGGUUUCUUUUGAACAAAACAAUAGAUGUUUUGUUAUAUGUGGACAGAUUGGAUGCGUAUAGAGUGGAUAACUUGGAUAAACAGAUUGUGAAGGCAAUAACAGAGAGUUUUGGUAAAGAAAUAUGGCAUAAAGGAGUGGUAGUGCUAACACAUGCUCAGCUUACACCACCAGAUUGUCUUGGUUAUGAUGAUUUCUUUGGAAAAAGAUCGGAGGCUCUUCUAAAAGUUGUAGAAUCUGGAGGUCGUUUCAGGAAACGUGAAAUUCAGGGGCACUCAAUUCCAGUUGUCUUGGUUGAAAAUAGUAGCAGGUGUAAUAAAAAUGAACGUGAGGAGAAGAUUCUUCCAAAUGGAAGUGCUUGGAUUCCUAAUAUAGUUGAAGUGAUUACAAAAGUUGCUACGAAUGAAAGCAGUAGCAUUUUGGUUGACCAAAAGUUGAUUGAUGGUCCAAAUGCAAAUGAAAGAGGGAAAAUCUUCAUUCCUCUCAUCAUGGCAUUUCAAUACUUCUUUGUUGUGAAACAAGUUAAAAAAUGGAUCAAGGAUGAUAUUGCUAAACAACCCAAGUCUUCAUGGGAAUGAGCCCUUUUUGCUCUUUUGUGGUUGAUGUUAUGUCGAGUUAGUGACAGUUGUUUGUUGGCGGGUUUUUUUUUUAUCAAGUAUUGUGUAACUUUGGAAAAUGACUUGGUGUUAUUAUAUUAGACGAAUUUUGACAAAUUUUUAAUGAUUUUCUCG